UUCACCAUUUAUAUGUAAAGGAACUUCUUAAAACUCUCGAUCUCUCUUCACACAUCCCCGCCGCUUACUGUGUCACAGCCUCGUAAUCCCUCUUUUGCCUUCAACUUUCCGACGGACAAACCGGGAAAUUAAUUAAGUUAGAAAAAAAGAAAAGCAAUGGAAAAUUCAAACCCUCUAAGAAAUUUGCGUUGCCAUCACUGCGCUGGCCCUCUUUCCAAAGAGAUGGAAGCAAGUGAAUGGACUGUUGCUCCACUUGUUAGGGAUAGUUUUUCUAUGAUUGGCUCUGCUGUUGGGGGCACUACAAGCGCAUUCUAUGGGUUCAACCAUGUGAUGCCAAUAGUCAGGAGGUAUGUAAAGGGGCCCAUGUGGGUGCAUUUCCUUGUUGGUGCACCACCUGUGAUAGUAUUCUCCUCAGCUUGUGCAGGGUUGGCAGGUGGUGCUGUUCCAGCCCUAGCUCAAUUAGCUUCUUCGUCAUACCAUGCUGCAUUCUCGUCUUCUUCUUCUUCAUUGCCUCCAUCUUCACAGGAUGAUAAGAUGCACAAGUCUAGGACCAACUCCACUUUAUAAUUAUACAAAUAUAUACAGAAUCUCUUUCCACAUGGUUUGCAUUUCUUCUAUAAGAGCCUACUGCCUUGAAAUUUUGUAAUGUUGGAGGACACUUUUUAGUGUUUGUAAAUUGUAAUAUAGGUUUAUGUUGAUGUUUAAUUCUUUUCUUUUCCUGUUAUAAGUUUUUUUAUGUUAUAUGAUAAAAGGGUUUUUUA